AUGGGAAUGAUAUUCUUAAUUGUUCUGGUCCUGUGCGAGGCUAUUAAGUGUCCGCCACGUAUGGACGGGUGUGGUAUGAAACAAAACAAAAAGCGUUGUAAGAACGAAACGAAAAAGUUGGAGCGGAUAGUGAAACAACUUAAUUUCAAAGAUCGACUGAAUCAACACCGCUUGACUGCUAUAGAAUCGACUUUAGUAUUACCAGAAUUCCCAGGAGAUGCUAAAACAGUCAAACUCACACAAACACCUCAACAAAAAGCACAGGAAAAGGUCUACAAAGCUCAAUUUGAGGCGAUGAAAGACGAGCAGAAGGUCAGUGAAACUAACACCUUUGUGAAUGCGAUGAACGCCUAUGUCGAUUCUUUGAAGCCACAAACGAAGCUCAACAAGAUCGAGAAGACGUACACUAUUCACGACAAAUGCGCGGGAAAGAUUUGCGACUACUUGAACAAGAAACUGAAAGCUCCAAGAUGCGUCGUGGAGGGGAUUAACCUCAAAAAGUGCGACAGGCUCUUCAGAAGCAAAGUGAAUAAAAGACUUGAAGAACUCCGAAAACCACUGAAACCAACGUGCCUUCUGACUCCGAAGAAAGCAACAAAAGCAAAGAAAGACUAA